UCAUGUAAAGCUUUCCCCUUUUCAAUACUGUACGCCUGCAAUGCAUAGAAGUAAUCGGACAACUUGCGCAGACGUGGUUUUAAAGUCUUCAAAGAGGAGAAAACACGAAGUGUAGGCUACAAGAUAUAAUAAUACAUCACUGUAUAGUUGAGAGCGAUGAUAUCAUGCAAAUAUAUAAAGUUGCCGUAAUGUCUUUAUUCAGAAGGGGGCGGGCGAGCCGAAAAUCUGCGACUCCGACUCAAUUUCUGUAACAGCCUGAUAGUUAGACUGACUGCGUGUCAUCGGAAUUUCGGUCUGGGUUUUACUGCUAGUUAAGUUGCCUCUUCGGUCGGGUACCGAUAGUUUCUCCAUUUAAAGUGCCGUGGUUUCCAGUGUUUUACCAUUGGCACGGCGAUGGUCUGAUCCGCGGACGCAUAAAUUUGCCUUCAGCGUCGCUGCUGCUGCGGUCGGAUUGUCCGAAAAAACAAACCAGCAAAGACCCGAGAGCGCGAUUUUACAAAAUGGACAGUUCGCAAAAAGGGAAUAAAUCCGAAGGUGAUUCCGAAUCACAAGAGGAGGAGGAAGUCGAUCCCAGAAUUCAGGGGGAGCUAGAGAAAUUAAAUCAGUCCACGGAUGAAAUCAACAGAUGGGAAACUGAACUUGAGGAGGGAAGGCAGAAAUUCCGCGCGGUGCUUGUGGAGGCCACCGUGAAGCUGGAUGACCAGGUGAAUAAGAUCGGGAAGGCGGUGGAGGAGUCAAAGCCGUACUGGGAAGCUCGACGGGCCGCCCGGCAGGCCCAGCUAGAAGCCCAACGGGCGACACAGGACUACCAGGGGGCCACUGAGGUGCUACGGGCGGCCAAGGAGACCAUCGCGCUGGCGGAGCAGAGGCUGCUGGAGGAGGACAGCCGGCAGUUUGACUCCGCCUGGCAGGAGAUGCUCAACCAUGCCACCCAGAGGGUGAUGGAGGCGGAGCAGACAAAGACCAAUAGCGAGAAGGUUCACAAGGAGACGGCGGCCAAGUACAACGCCGCCAUCGGCCACAUGAAGGCGCUGGAGAAGAGGCUGAAACGCACCAUCAGCAAGUCCAAGCCAUACUUUGAACUGAAAGCUAAAUACUACUUCCAGCUCGAGCAACUGAAAACGAAGGUGGACGAACGGCAGGCCAAGCUGAACCUGGCCAAGGGAGAGUACAGGGCAGCGCUGCGCAGCCUGGAGAUGAUCUCCAAUGAGAUCCACGCCCGCCGGCGCUCCAUGCUCACGGAGUGCCGAGGUUGUGGGGUGGGCGCCGAGGGUGACAACGGCUGCGGGGACGGCGACGACGAGAUCGCCAACUUCAGGAUGGAGUCGGAUGGCAUCUCCGUGACAUCCGUCACCUUUGAGGACGAGAGUGGCAGCGAUGGCGUGUCCAGUCCAAACAUGGACACCCCCUUCCUGUGCAGCUUCAGCCUGCUGCCCGCCAGCGACACAGAGCACACGCUGCCCAGCUCCUCUCCUUCAUCGUCCUCCUCGUCCUCGUGCUCCCAGCCCAGCACUCUGGGGGACCUCACUGCGGGUGUCACUCAACCAGCCCUCGGCCCGCGGGGCCAGUGCAGUGGGGCGUCUUCGCCAGAGUGCGACUCAGAACCAGUAUUGAUACCCCAGCGGGAGAAGAGUAUGAGCAGGGAGCCAGCUGGAGCAAACAGAGGGAGAACAGGACGAAGCCAGCAGCAGAACCGAGUGUCCAUCUCUGGAGGGUCAGAUGGAAAACCUCUCCGUGCAGCACGAUGAAGACGCCGAGCCGCACCUCUUCUCCACGGCCCGGCACAUGGCUCCCACUGCCUUACUGGUCGACGGGAUGUGAUGGAUUCCUUUAGCCGUCACUGAGAAGCAGGCGAAACUGGGAGCUGGGUUGAACGAGAUCCUAUCCAGAUCCUGGGGGUGUUGUCAGGGACUCCUGCCCCCGGCUAGCAAGGCUAGGAGCCAGUGGGAAGCUGCUGGUUGUGUUUUGAAGCCCCCCCCCCCUCUUGCCAGAAACCUUGGUUAAGUCCUUCAGCCAACAUGAACCCGACCCCCCCCCCCCUUCUCCUCCACAGCACAGGCAAACAGAAGCAAGAACCAAGCAGAACCAGGUGCCCACCCCUCAAUCCUAGGCACCAUGCGAGCCCCAAUGAUGUAUAGAUGGCCCAUCCUGUGCUGCAAAAUCCAGACAGCGAUAACAGGCACACCUAUGUGGGGGUGACAUGUUGACUCAGAGUGUAACACUGUAGUCUUGCACCUCCAGGCUUGGGGUUUGGAUUCCGCUGUGUGUGUAUGGAGUUUGCAUCUUAGUUUCCUCAUGCUGUCCUAAGACAUACUGGUAGGCUAACUUGUGUCUCAGUAUCCACAGAGUGUGUGUGUGUGUGUGUGUGUGUGUGUGUGUGUGUGUGUGUGUGUGUGUGUGUGUGUGUGUGUGUGUGUGUGUGUGUGUGUGUGUGUGCCCUGUGAUGGACUGGCAACCCAUCCAAGGCGUGCCCCAGCCCUGUACUCUGUGCUGCCUGGGAUAGACCCAGAGUGAUUGGAUGAAUGGAUGGAUGGAUGGAUGGAUGGGUUGCCAUAUGGCCUUUAAGAAUAGACACUAAUUACAGUCUUGUAGUAUGUGAAACAAGAUGAGCUUACAGCAGUUUCAGUCUCACCUCGGUGUUAAAAACAUGACACAGACCAGUGGCUCGUGUCUGCUCUUCAUGUUUUGGUUUCUGAAUGAUUUGAAAGGAUUCCUCCCCAGUGUUCAGCUCCGAGAAGUGAAAAACUAAUAAGACUGUGAGUGAAGGGCGUGACCUGUAGGGUAUUUUGGUACACGGACAAUAAAACCAUAAGACGGACGUCUUCUGCACUUCAGUGGAUCCACCUUAAUGUUUAAAGGUGAUGAAGCAGCUCUGAAAUGGCAAACUCUGGCAUUACGGAGAGACCUUUGAAGGCCUUUAGAUGGAGGAUAGCCCAGGCAGCAUCAAAGAGCAGUGGGAUGGGGCCCUCUCAGGGUGUUGCUGCUACACAGGCUCAGAGCCAGUCUGCUAUCCCAUCCUGGGGUAUGUGCAAGUUGGAGAUAAGCCCACAUGACCCACCAUGCCCUGGACCAGUGCCUCGUUUGAACAGAUACUCUUGGCAGGAGAAGGAACGUGGAAUGCAUGUUCAACUGACUAGCAGAACACAAACACAAGGGGUAAAACCGUUGUAUUACAACUGAUUAUUUGCCAUUUUUUGUAGACUAUUGAUGUUAUUGAAAGAUUUUGGUAGAAGAAUCCAUUUUAGUCUCUCCACCUCUGUGUAUAAUAUUGUAUACUAUACAAAUGUGUAUUUACCUAUUCUGUUCUUUGUAACCUGAAGACAACAUGGCUUAUGUCCAUGUCUGCUUUGCCAUGGCUAAUAAGUAUUGCUCCUCUUUUCAUAAUAAUAAACCAGCCUUCUCUGUAAGGCUGCUGGUUCUUCUUUACUCUUCAUUGGAAAACCUUUGUUAAUGGUAUUAUGGAACUUGAAUAGCACCGUCCAGGAGGUUCUCAAGGUGAACAGUCGAAGAGCACUCUGUUGGCGUCUGGCUUGGCUUGGUGAUAACGUGGCGAGACGAAGGACGCUUCUCCACCGCACCAAGUACGGUACUUUUGGGACGGUACUUCGGGUUCUUCCUCUUUUCCAUUGACUUCUAGUCGAGUACCAGUACCAAAGGUUCCAGUACCAAAAUCCCAAACCUGCUGUGGUAUGUAUUUGGUACUUUGAAUUGAUUUUUAAACAUAUUAGAUAAUCUAUAAACAGAAUAAUAAUUAAAAUUGCAAAGCUAGCUAAGGUUUUAGCAAAACUUAAACUCCCUGCACUGUAAUGCCUGUAUACAGAACUGAAUGAAAAAGCCUGGUCUUAUUCGAGUUAUCGAUGUAAGAACCGCAGGUGCAUAACAAUGGGAUGCGAGUAUUAAUAUCGCACGUCGGCCAGCCCUAUAAUGUACUACAGCCAUUUUUCGAAUUCAGUACAAAAUACCAAACCUCACGUCGUGAUGUCAUUCAGCACCGGUACUAGUUUUUACGCCAGUGGAAAACCAACACCUUCAAGUACUGUACUUGUGGUACUUUACCGAAGUACCAAAAGCACGUUACCUGGUGCGAUGCAAAAGCGUUCAAUGUUUGUGAAUCUUUUCGAUAUGGUGUGAAUCUGCCUUUGUCUAAAGCGCUCAGUAGAGAUGAUUUUGGGAUUUUGAGUCUGACUGGAGAGUGAAGGAAAAGCAGCCAAUGAGAGCUCAGCACAUAUGUGGGACCUCCUACAGGACGGCUGGAAAUGCAUCCCAGGAGGCACCUCAUGGAACUGGCGUAGAGGAGAACGUAGGGUCAGCCAGUUCCUGGAGCUAUUGGGGUUAAGGGCCUUGGUCAAAGAUCCAAGGAUUUGAACUGGCAACCUACUGAGUCCCAACCCACAAAGCUGCCUCUCCCCUGAAUUUUUUUGUUUAAUACUUUUUUGGUUAGUGCAUAUUCUAUAUGUAUGUUAUUUUAAAGUACUGAUGUCUUCAGAAUUAUUUUAAAAUGUAGAGAACUAUACAAAUAAACCUUUUUAAGGGUAA